AUGUAUUUUAAAACAGAUGCUGAUUUGGUGAUACUAAGACGCCAAUACGAUCGUAACCGUCAAUUCGAAAUUCAUAUAAAGAAAUUGAAAGAAGUAAACGGUUUUAAACAACACAACCUCAUGAUUAAAGGACAAGUCAGGUCGGAUAAUCCAUUUAUAUAUAUUAAUAAUCCGGUUGAAUCAAAGAUACCUCAUGCGUAUUUAACGCUCGAAGAGUUCAAAGAAGCUCUCACUAAGAGAGUCCAAAAACAGAGAAGUCAAUUGACCACAAAAAGACGUUAUCCAGUUUUGCUUACUAAGAAGCCAAACAGACAGUUAAAGGUACUGGUUAGUGGUUUAAAAGCAACCAGUCCAGACGUAAAGAAUAAUUUGAAACCAGACGAAAAUAUUACAUAUAAUUCGGUAAGCAGUAUUAAUUCUACAGUUUCUCAAAGCAAGUCAGAAAUUACUACGCAACAUAUAGCAAACGCAACAGAAACUAAUGUGAAUAAUGUGAUAUCUGGGGUGACUGAUAAAGAAGAUAUCGUUAAAUCAGCUGAUGCUACUAGAAAAGAUAAUUUUAGUACAAAUAUUAUUACUACAGCAAAAUUAGAAGAGUUAAUAUUUUUGAGAGCUCAGUCGGCUGAAAAUUCGACUGUGUCGGAAAAUUACACUAAUCUCAACACAAGUGACUUUGAGAAUACAAAUGAAACAGACAAUGGUAAUACAACAAAGGAAUAUAAUACAGAAACGAUUAUUAAUGAUACAACUCUAGAAGUUCAUACGAAAGAAAUAACUAUAGAUACAGAUAAAGAAGGUAUAAAUCAAAGAAGUAAAGCAAUUACUACUUUAACAGGCGAAGAAGGAACUAUUUAUGAAAAUAUAAGUACUAACACAACAGAGGGGACCAAUUUAAAUGAAUUUAGAGUUUACACUUCAAGUAUGAAUCCAAUAACAAAGAAUUUACAGUCCAUUGAAGUAUCUAAAUGGAUUAUUAAUAAUGAUGAAAGCAAAAAGUUAACCUUUCAAAGAGACAUCUCGAUUAAAACAACAACUAAAAUGUCUUUAGAUACGAUAAAAUAUAUUCCAAAGCGAUUAGUUCGGAAUACGGAAAUAAUAUCAUUUGACAAAACACCGUGGCGGAAGAGAACUCCCAAUAAGAAAGUAACAAAACGAAAACCCAGCAGUACAAAGCGAUCCACAUUAGGGAACUAUGCACCAUAUAACUUAACACCUGAAUAUAGGAAAAAGAACACUUUCCGUCCCGCUCUGAAAACAGCACUGUUUGUAAUGCAAGGUCUCGGCGCGAUUUUGAAUCAACUCUCCUAA